GCAAGGACGGAGAGCGGACGGAGCCCGCUCCCCGGAACGCACCAAGGAUUUUACCCCGCGGAAAGUGUUUCCCCCCCCCCCGCCUCCCGGGGGAGCACCUCCAUCUCCUCCGCUCCAUGGCCGCCGCCGCCGCCACCGCUGCCCGCCCGCUCCCCCCGGGGGGCGUCCUUCAAAGGCUCUGCUGCGCCCGCUGGACGACCGGCUGAAUGAUGGAGGUGGACAGAAUGAAAGGACGGGCUCCCUCCAUUGUGACCAGAUGAAGGGACAUCUUCCUUCCUCCGGCAGUGAGGGGGACGUGCACUGCGGCAUUUUGAUGUUCUGCACGGCAGAUUGAGGAAAAACUUUUGGAAAUAAUUCAAAAUAAACAAAACGGGCAAACCGCUGUUGAGACGUAUUCAGUUAGAGCUCAUAUGAGCUGACUGCUCGUCCCCGCCACGCUUGUUAUGAGUUCUCCAUCCGCGACCAGCGAGCCAGAGAGCGCCAGCGGCGAGGGAAGCGGCCCCACCGCCUCCACCACCACCACCACCACCUCUGACCCCGCCCCCCCUCACACCUGCGCCGCCCCGCCUCCCGUCGGCGAUGCCCCUCGCACCUCCGGGCACCAAGCUCCCCCGCCUCCCCCCCUUCCGCCGCCGCCGCCGACCUCCGGCAACCACAACGCGCGGAAGAAGCGCCGCGUGCGCAGCUUCUUCUGGAAGCCGAUACCGGAGGAGAAGGUGCGCGGGACGCCCAACAUCUGGACGAUGGCGGUGCGGCAGCAGCAGUAUCAGAUCGACGUGCGCUCCGUGGAGGAGCUGUUCGGGCAGCAGGAGGACGCUCGCGGGGGGCCGCCGGCCUCCGGGACCUCGGGACGCGUCUCCAGGUCUCGCUCCUUCAAGGAGAGCAGCAAGGAUGAGAUCAGCAUCCUUGACUCCAAGAGGGGGAUGAAUGUGGGAAUUUUCCUGAAGCAGUUCAAGAAGUCCAACUGCUCUAUUGUGGAAGACAUCCGACGGGGAGACGGAAAGGCUUAUGGAGCGGAGCUGCUCAGAGACCUGCUGAAGCUCCUUCCCGACGCAGAGGAGGUCAAGAAGCUGCAGGCGUUUAAAGGAGACCCGGACAAGCUGACGCUGGUGGAUUCCUUUAUGUUCCUCUUGAUCCAGGUGCCUCGGUUCGAGGUUCGGAUCGAGGCCAUCGUCCUGGGCGAAGAGUUCUUCCCUUCCUGUGCUGCGAUGAGACGCGAUAUCGACGUUGUCCGCAUCGCCACCAAAGAGCUGAUGAGCUGCGAGGAGCUUCAUGCCAUCCUGCAUCUGGUGCUGCAGGCCGGAAACAUCAUGAAUGCCGGCGGGUACGCGGGCAACGCCGUGGGCUUCAAGCUGUCGUCCCUCCUCUCGUUGGCCGACACCAAGGCCAACAAGCCGGGGAUGAACCUGCUGCACUUUGUCGCCAUGGAGGCAAAGAAAAAAGACGAGAAGCUGCUCAGGUUUCCGGAGAAACUUCAGGACGUCCAGAGCGCCUCCAGAAUCUCAGUGGAAAACAUCGAGGCGGAGUUUUCCUCCCUGUAUGUACGGAUUAAAACCCUGGAGGAGAAGGUUCAAGGAGACCCGGAGCUUCCGCAGCAGCUGGAGGCCUUUCUGCAGAGUUCAGCGCGGACGCUGCAGGACCUGAAGAGAAGCCGGCUGGAUCUGCGCAAAGAGGGGAACGCUCUCAUCGACUUCUUCUGUGAAGACAAGGAUACCUUUAAGCUGGACGAGUGCUUCCGCAUCUUUCAGGACUUCUGCAUCAAGUUCAAGAAAGCUGUGAAGGACAACGCGGACCGCGAGGCAAAGGAAGCGGCCCGGCAGCGACGUCUGCGAGAGUUGGAGGAGAAGCGAUUCGCCUGGUCGGCAGCGGACCAGAGCGCCGGGUUCAGUCGGAGCAGCAGCGAGAGCGACGUGGAGAUGCUCACCAAGGAGGGCCUGCUGGACUUCUUCCAGCAGAGGUCCCAGAGCCCUCACAGUCCGCUGGGGCGCUCGGCCAGCGCCCGCCGCCACCGCCACGCCGCGACCUCCGCGGCGGACCGACAGCUCCGGGGAUACCUGGAGCUCUUCGGGGGCUCCGGGAAUCCCACCGACCGUUCCAGGUUCAACAGCCUGCCUCGGCCGGGCCGCGGCGCGCAGCGGGCGACGACCCCCUGGGUGUUGGGACAGGACGACGACCGCGAGCUGGGCUGCGACGGCCAGGGGGCGUCUCCGCGCGCAGCAUCUGAGCCCGUCGGCCCGCUGGCCAGGUUCUCCUCCUCCUCCUCCUUCUUCUCCUCCUCGCGCGGGCGGAAUGACAACGAGCCGCACGGCAACAACAAUUAUUGCUCGUCCGUGUCGGAGGGCGGCGCUCCGCCUCGUCCCUUCUGCGUCUUUCAGAAGUCCCCCCGUCUCCCCGAGCCGGCGAUCAGCGGCCACAUGAACGUCAGCGUAGACACGCACACUUUAGUUCGAGGUCCUCAAGCUUUCGACCUACCGAGUCCAAACAACAACAGUGACCCGAUGCACUUUGUCCACCGGGGCGAUGUGGUUGUGACUGAUUUGGAGAAGGAGCGACGGUCGCUUCCUGUAAACCUGGACAUCCUUCUACAUGAUAACGUUGUGGAAAGGGGACCGGAUCCCAAGGUGGCCUGGGGGGAGAAAAUAGAUCCUCCCACACGGGCCGGCGUCCCUCUUGAGAGAGAAGAAGACGACAACAGCACAGUUUCAUCCACGACCUGCGACACGCCCCUCCCACUCGAUCCAAGUGUGUCCAAUAAGAAACCGAUGGUUUAUGCACUAGACUGCACAGAAACCGACUGCUCCGUCACCUCGGAUUACUCCGAGGUAGACAGCGCGUCUCUGACGAAAGAGGGACGUCAUUUAAGGACGGAGGACAGCCGGCGAGCUCCUGUCUCUCUGUCCUCCGACUUGGAGUCGCUGUCAACCAACGAGCUUUCGGCGGCCAAAUCUGCGGACGCAGCAUCCGUCACCCGGUCUGCUGGCGCGGAGGAGUGGGACACGGAGAGCUGCGACACGGCCGAGGGGAAACCAGGCGCGCAGAAAGGCAGCCGGAAGGCGGCGCCGACGAAGGGCCGAGCCAACAAGGCGCCCAAGAGCGGCGGAGGUCGCGCCGUGCGAACGCUGACCAGCAGCGAGGGCCAGGGCAUGAGGAAGGUGGUGCCCAUCGGCAGGCUCACGAGGACGGGCGGCAGCAAGGCGGCGGAGAGGCCGCUGGUGGUGGGCGGCGGCGGUGAGACGCGGCGGCCCCUCCGCGACCACAGCACGCCAGCGGGGGGGAGGAGGAGCGAGAGGGCCGCGAGGCCUCCUCGACCCUCCAGUCUGCCUCCGGGCGAGGCCAAAGAUCGCAGGGGAGGCGGCCCGGCGGGCGGCCUUUCGACUUGGGCCCGCGACCCGACCCCCCGAAAGGCGUCCGUCCACAAGCCGAGUGCCAAGCCGCUGAGGAGCAUCCCCAAGCCGGCGCCCGAGGAGAAGAUGUGCCGCUCCACCAUGAGAGCGUUGGCGCAGGCGCAGGCUCAGGGCGGAGCCUCCUCCGAGGACAGCAGUUGCCGAGCGCUCGGCGCGAAGGACGCCGCCGACCUCCCCAGCUUCGCGCGCAACACGGUGGCUUCGACCUCCCGCACCAAGAAGGAGCUGGCGCCCCCGUCCGUCCCGUCACUGCCCUCCACGCCGUCUCGCAGCCCCUCGCUUCCCGUCCGACAGAGCCCGGCCAAGCAGAACAAGAUGGCGCCCGCGGCUCAGGCCGGCGAGGAGAGGCCACGCGGGACCAACCUGAGGCGGGUGCAGAGCGUGAAGGCGGCCAGUCGCAGCGCCUACCGCAGUAUGACUCCGCCCCCGGCGCGGGAAGAUGUCCGCAAGACCAGUUGCAUUUCUGAAAAGUCCGUCGACAGAGACCUGGUGGCGGGCAGCAGAGGCGCUAAACCCAGCUGGAAAUAAAGCCCCCGGGGGGGGGGAGAGACACCGCGGAAGGACCAGAAGAAAGACGCACUUCCAUGGAAACUUUCUGUUGGUUUGUUUUAUUGUUGCUGCUCUUUGCCUUCCACAACGCAGACGUGUCCAAUCUGAAAGAACAGCUCUUAAGCUAUUCCCACACGUACGGAUCCUCCAGCAGCUGAUUAUGGAUCAGCUGCAAAGAGCAAGAUGCAAUGAACUGCUCGUCCUGUUUUGUUGCUUCUGUCCUUUUUUUUUUUUUUUUUAAGGGGCAUUAACUAAACGAACAAAUGGCGACUCGGCGCCGUUACCCAGCAGCCUCUUUGCCUGCUUGCAGCCGUCUAGUCGCUGCACACGCUGGUGUCUGUGACCACCAGCGACCACACGAUGCUGCUCCGUCUCAUUCAGGGUUGCAGGACGCGUUGUAGCUUCUCUUGCUGCUGUUGUGAUGUUUUUUUUGUUUCACUGCUGCAGAGAAUUGCUUCUCUUUGCCUUUUUGGUUCCUUUGCUCGAUACCUCAUGAAGAUCUCAGUGGCCUUUGUACCAGCAGGAAGCUUAGAGUUUGUUGAUUUGACUCUGCAUGAUAAAGAUGUAGAGCUGACGAACAUGUUUAAACUGCAAUGUCACUUUUUACAAAUCCCUGGUAUAUUAAUGUUACUACAAUAUACAGUAUGGGGUCACAGAUUAUGAGCCGACCGUGGUACUCGUUGUACCUCUUAUAUGUGAGUGUCUGUAGCUUGUAAAUGUGUUAGAACUCCUCCAUAAUAUCUUACGGAGUAGACGUGCACGUAGGAAACGUUUCCUGUAAUCUAAUACACAAUCAACACUAAUGCUUUGAGAGAAAAGCAUUGAAAUGAUCAGAAGUCAUGUGAUUAUAUCGACAUCCUGCUUUCAAGCUGCAGUCAGAGAGCAUCUGUUAUUCUGACAAAUUUAACAAUGUUUACUGCUGUUUCAACGGUAUUUUCAGAAUCACGUAUAAUAAAAUAGAUUAAAAUAUUAUCUAUCUAUUAAAUGCACGGCCCCAAAUUCAGACAAAGUAUCCCAUGCAGGUAGCAAGAAAUGACACAUUGUGAAUGUCACAAGAGAAAUUACCACCAUACUUUGUAUGAAAAUAUUAACAAUAAAAGUUAGUAGCUUUAUGUAUCACGUCGCACAAAUUGGGCGAAAUACGUUUAAGUGAACGCCUCCCAAUCCAAAGAAUUUAGCAGGAAAUGUGAGCAAUAAAACAAAUGUUGACCUUCUGAUGAAAACAAACGCGUAUGUAAACACAACGAGCAAAAUCACCAUUGUCAGUCACCAUAAAUGACAAAGGUCACGUUGGGGUCACUAUAUUAUUGAUCUUUUUCUCUUUGUUACGGUUCGACGCGAGAGGCGCAAACUGUCGCUGACAUUUCCGCCCCGUUGCUCAUUUUCACACCACUUGCCUUUCAAACUGCAUCGUGCCGUCGCCUCAAAGGGAGCGACUCCCGCGACUGUGUUUGGCCUUAAAGCUCAGUGGAGGCGGCCCAUCACCCGUAGGAAGCUAUUAGCACAUCCCAUCGCACGCAGCGGGUUAGUGACACACCUUGUACAUAAUGUAAAGAUAUAUAGUAUUUUUCUGACUAUCGAUCUGUUUACAUGGCUUUAAAACAUGAAGGGUGGAAAGCGUUGGGCGUGAGAGAGGGCGGCGUGUUGACACGCGGCCGGGUGUCUUCCUGUUGCCUGCGAUGCAAAUGAAGGGGACGAGCCGAUGACACAAAAGGCCGAGUGUGACGUGCCACCGGGUGUGUUUGGCCCAAAAGCUUCUGAUGCUCCAUUGAUCCGACCGAUGCUUAACUAACGGUCCCUAAAAGUAAAAAAAAAAAACGGUGAAAAAUGUACAAUGUACAACAUUUUUUCAAAACGCUUAUUUCGCCCAAACUCAAAGACAAUAUCUUUUAAUUAUAGAAAGAAUUUGCUUGUUUUCUAAGCACAUUUGAGAAUUUUAAAAAUUCAGCUCUAAAGUAAUUACGUUAAUUGGCCGUAAUUAAAGACGUCUUUUAAUUUGAGCAUGAAAAAUCCCCUUUUGAACAAUAUUCAAAGCUCUGGGGGAAAAAAGCUGAAAUUUUCUCAAGUUGCUCUUCCGGUAGAUUUAAAAUCAGUGAUCGGUGAAAAUAAUCUGAUCUUUAACUGUUUUAUAAACAACGAAACCGAUUUAAAAAGUCUUAAGCAUAAAGUUUGCCUCACGGUUGAAAUAUUUAACUCAACUUUUGCCCCAUCGGGUCACGACAACUUAUGUCACAACUGUAGAAACGCACUUCCUACCAACCUGGACUCAAUUCUCGAUCCUCCACACUUCUCAGGGUCGUCCUUUGUGGGUCCCACAAUGCCCCCUGCUGCCACCUUCUUAGCAGCCCCCCGCCCACACACCCCUAGCCCCGCCUCCCUCGCCCACACACCCCUAGCCCCGCCUCCCCCGCCACAAUGGCUGCCCUUUGCUUUUCAUCCGACCGGCCUGCUGCAGGAUUUGAAUACGCACUCGCCCUUUUCCACCACAGCUUCCUUGUUACAGGAUGGUUUCCGUGGUAACGGGCCAAACAUCCAUUACCAUUGCUGACUGAAGACCGCGUAAAACCCCAAAAGGUCAACAUCACCACCACAAACCUUUUGUGGUGUGAUGUUGUUUCCCCCGGUGCUCCACCAAAGCCCUAAACCUUGUUGCUUCUAUAAUAAUGUAAACAUGUAUCCACCAAAUGAUUAAAUGUGACAUUUGUUGGCAUUCAUUUAACCCCAAGCAAGUCUUUUGUACACUGAAAAGUCACAUUGCUCCUCUGUAUUUCUGAUGAAGACGUCUGAGAAAUUAAUAAAAAUCACAUGUUGCUGUGUAAACAGAAAA